AUGUCGAAUCGCUACUCCGUCUUCUCCAACCAGUCCGCCGGGCUCGCUGGGCCUCGGCCGACCUCUCAACAUGCCACCCAGGUCUCCACCACCACAUUACUGAAUGCUCUCCACUCUUUCUAUACAGCUGGCCAACCCUAUCAGCUAGACGCCAGCACCAGUUUGGUCGUCAACACUUGGGUCACAGCAGCAACCACUCUACCAGAUGGCCGGAAUGGCGUGACAAUUGAUCGAGACUUGGCGAUUCGGGCUUGGGAACAUGCUCGUCGCCGCGCUGAAGAUGGCUGCAUUCUUCUCUGCUCUCUCCACCAAUCCACGCCAUCACUCCUGGAGCCGUUUCUCACAGCUUUACCCAUCAGCAUUCCAAACAUAGGCUUCACAGCUCUGGCCGCCGUCAGACCGUUUCUUGCGGCUGUCACAUCAUUCAAUCCCUCUUAUUCUCUGCAUUCAGCCCUCUCAGCUUCCUUUUCAUUAACCCUCCAGGGCACCGUGGUCGGGUUGACUUUGGCCCUCUCAACAUCCGGCACAAAUGUACAAAAGGGUCUUCUGGAAAUACCCAAUGAGGCCGGAUAUCGUGCUUUCGAUGUAUUUUACUACCUCCUGACUUCCGCAUCCACACCAGCAGAACGCGAAUUCUUAGACCUGAAAGAACCCGCAUCCUACGCAUUACUGAACCGAUCCGGUACCUACGGGCCUCCGUCAUACUUACCGACCGCGGACGACACGGCUGCAGCGGAGGAUUUGCGUGUGAAUUUGAAAGCGAUCGGCAUCAAAGGUGCCACGCUGCGCAACCUUCUCUCAGUAUUAGCCGGCUUGCUGAAGUUUGGCAAUGCAGCAGGUCUUAUGGUGGAUCAAGAGGAGCUCGAAGAAGUUUGUGAGGAAGUUGGAGGUCUUCUCGGAGUCGACCCAGAAGUCCUGCUCCACAAAUGCUCAACUGAUGAACGCGAGAUUCUGCUUGCGGGUAUCUAUGAAGCUCUGGUGGAUUGGAUCAUCAGCAAAGCGAACGAAGCCAUCUCGGUCGAUAUUCAGAAUGCCUUAGAAAAUGACUCUAGCGUUGAAGGCCACGGUGCCCCUCACUGGACUAAUGAAGACACUGUCAGCCUUACUGUGAUUGAUGUUCCACGCCCAGCACUCGGAAAGGCGGUCGCUAUGAGAGGUGUCUUUGACGACAACCUUGGGAUUAACGCUGAAAUGAAAGAUGACGGAAUUUCCAUCCCCUCCCUCGGGCAAUCUGUCAUCCAAGAAAUGAAUACUGCCGUUUCACAAGUGGAGGCUGAUCUCGCAAUUGAGGGAAGUGCCACUCUGCGUGAACGGGACUAUGAACUCGACAGACGACAGGGCGUUCUGGAGAAGGUUGGUGUGGAAUUUGAGGCAGAUGCAUUUUUGCGUCAGCUUCUUUUCCCUGUCGAGGGAGAGGGUAUCUCAUUGGGACAACGAGGACGCUUUGAUCUUCCGACGACCCUGUUGAGUAGCCGUGUUUGGUACCAUCUAUCCAUUCACCCGACAGAUGACCUACCCGGGAGUCUGAGUGCCUCGCAUCCUGCUUGGUCAGCUGGUACCGUGUCACGACAGCUGCGGGACUGGCGACUCCCCGAAUGGGCAAACCGUCGUUUGAAGCAGCUUGAUUUUACAGCCGACUUUGACGUGGAAGAAUUUGUCGCUCGUUACGCUAUAUUAGGUUGUCCCGAGGGCCAAGAUGGUGUCCAAAACUGGAUUCUCGAAAGAGGAUGGAGUAACGGAGAGGCUAUCGUGGGAGCCCAGCGUAUCUGGAUGCGAGAAGGAGCGUGGUGGGAAGCGGAAAGCAUGCUCGACCUCAAGUCGGAGGAGAGCCCCGCAAAUCCGUUUGGAUAUGGCGCUAUGUUGUACGAACCUGGCCUUACCCCGGAUGGUAACCAGGUUGGUGAAUCAACCAAUCUCUUGGGAAGUCAACAUGAUCUUCUCAUGAAUCAGUCCGCUAUGGUUGCUCCAAGUGUCAUGGGAGGUGCGAAGUCCAUCGCUCCUAGUAUGCCAUACACCCAAGCUGGUGCCGCUGGUGACUAUGGACUAGGCCACAAGGGUGACGACAACAAAGGAGACGUCGCCUACUAUGAUGACUAUGGUCGGUACCUUGGAGAUCUUGACCCUGAAUUCGGAGAUCCCAAACACAUCGAGAAGAAGACUAUUCCGACAAGCCGUCGAUUGUGGGUGGCGUUAGUAUGGACACUCACCUUUUGGAUCCCUUCACCACUCCUUCGAUACGUUGGCCGUAUGAAACGUCCAGAUGUUCGGAUGGCAUGGAGAGAAAAAGUUGUAUUGGUUUUUAUCAUCCUGUUUUUCAAUGCCCUGGUCUGUUUCUACAUCAUUGCAUUCGGUGAUCUACUCUGUCCCAACAAAGGCAAAGUCUGGAACACCAAGGAAGUCAGUUGGCACACUGGAGAUGAUAACUUCUUCGUCAGCAUUCACGGUCGGGUAUACGAUAUCAGCAAAUUCUGGCGCAAACAGCACAGCGAUGACGGAACUGAUACUACUUCCACCCUCAUGAAGACUUUCGCUGGUCUAAAUUUGGAUGCUUAUUUCCCUCCGCCUCUUACCCAGGUUUGUGGCUCAUUUGUGACAGACGAUACCCUCCAGAUGCAUAACAACGAUACGUCAGCCGUCGCGAAUGCUUACGCAGAACAUACUUCUGGACCCAUUCUCCAGGCAUCAAAUACCACCAAACUCCAUAAGUGGACCUGGUACAAAGAAGUCUUCAUGCCCAAGAUCGCAGAUUACUACAAGGGCGAUCUGGUAUGGACCAAGUCGACCAUUUCAAAGCAAGCCAAUGACUAUUCGCGAUAUUGGGUCAUUGUAAAUAGCAAAGUUUACGACCUCACGAACUACUUCUAUACCAAGAAUCUCUAUUCAUCAAAUGAUGAUUAUGAUUUCCUACCAAGUGCCGUGACGACAUUAUUCCAAAAUUACGCUGGAACCGACGUUACGGACAAGUGGCAGGACACAAAAGAGUUCAAUGAAGCACAAAGCUGUAUGGACUACGUUUUCUAUCAAGGAAAGGUGGACUUUCGAAACAGUCCUCGAUGUACCGUCAACAAUUGGCUGCUUUUGUCAUUCACUAUUCUCAUUUGUGCUGUUAUCCUCGUCAAGUUCCUGGCUGCACUGCAGCUAGGGUCCAAGCGGCGACCAGCGCCACAAGACAAGUUUGUGAUCUGUUUGGUUCCUGCCUACACUGAAGGUGAAGACUCAUUGCGAAAAGGACUGGAUUCCUUGACAGCUUUGCAGUACGACAAUAAACGAAAACUCAUAUUUGUGAUCUGCGACGGUAUGAUCGUUGGUGGUGGUAAUGAUCGACCAACUCCCAAGAUUAUACUGGAUAUUCUUGGAGUUGAUCCAAAGUUAGACCCUCCAGCUCUGCCAUGCAGAUCAGUUGGUCAAGGUAGUGAACAACUGAACUACGCGAAGGUUUACUCUGGUCUCUAUGAGUACGAAGGCAAUGUUGUUCCCUACAUCGUGGUCGUCAAGGUCGGUAAGGAGUCGGAGCAGACAAAGACCAAGCCUGGUAACCGAGGAAAACGAGAUUCGCAAGUCCUGCUGAUGCAGUUCCUGAACCGUGUGCAUCAUCGCGCCCCAAUGUCUCCUAUGGAACUCGAGGUUUUCCACCAGAUCAACAAUAUCAUUGGUGUGGACCCGGAGCUAUAUGAGUAUUGUUUCAUGGUCGACGCCGAUACUAGUGUCAGGGAGGAUUCGCUGAAUCGCCUAGUAGCAGCCUGUGCGGCAGAUGCUAAGAUUGCUGGUAUUUGUGGCGAGACAAGUCUACAAAAUGAAGAACGCAGUUGGUGGACGAUGAUUCAAGUGUACGAAUACUACAUUUCUCAUCAUCUCACUAAAGCGUUUGAGUCCUUGUUUGGCAGUGUCACUUGUCUUCCUGGAUGUUUCACCAUGUAUCGUCUUAGAACUGCAGACAAGGGGCGUCCUCUCAUCAUUGCGGACAGGCUCAUCAAAGAGUACGCUGAUAUCGAUAUCGAUACCCUCCACAAGAAGAACCUGUUGUCGUUGGGUGAGGAUCGAUUCUUGACAACUCUUAUGACGAAGCAUUUCCCCUCGAUGCGUUACAAAUUCCUUCCCAAUGCAUAUGCAAGUACCGCUGCUCCCGAAACCUGGGGUGUGUUGAUCUCACAGCGACGUCGUUGGAUUAACUCCACAAUCCACAAUCUGGUCGAACUAGCUGCUCUCCCCGACCUUUGUGGGUUCUGUUGUUUCAGCAUGCGUUUCGUCGUCCUUAUUGAUCUUCUUGGAACCGUUAUUCUACCGGCUACAUGUGUCUAUCUUGGUUAUCUGAUCUACCGCGUCGCCAGUGAUUCCGGUCCAUUCCCGUUGAUUUCCAUCAUUAUGUUGGCUGGUAUUUACGGUCUUCAGGCAAUCAUCUUUAUUGUCAAGCGCCAAUGGCAACAUAUCGGCUGGAUGAUCAUCUACCUCAUUGCGUUCCCCAUUUACAGUUUUGUGCUGCCCUUGUAUUCUUUCUGGAAACAGGAUGAUUUCACCUGGGGUAGCACCCGUGUGGUUCUUGGUGAGAAGGGAUCAAAGCGUGUCAUCGCUGUGGAAGAUGAGGGUUUCGACCCUCGCAGUAUUCCAUUGCAGAGAUGGGACGACUACGCCUUGUCCAACAAUCUCCCUGGCCGACGCGGAGAGCUUGCUUCUGAGAAGAUCUACUCUACUGGGGGGCCACAUGUGGAUGAAAUGGAAAUGGACGAGAUCCACUCUCAGUACUCAUCAGUCCGGCCAGCCUCGACAAUCCUCACUGGCUUCCCAGCCAAUGGCCGCCAUGCUAGCCCUUACAUGCCACCUCAAUCACCAGCUCCAUUCGUUGGUGGCAACGUUCCUGGUAACCGUAAUUCGCACAUGUCCAGUUUCUCCCGGUACACCGAUUACCCUCAGCUAGGCGGCCACCCAGCAGCUACAUCUCGUCACAUGUCUCUUGGCGGCCUCAGUGGCUACCAAGAUAACCCGGGUCAUGCAAGUCGCCAUAGCAUUGGUUUCAUGCAGAGUACCGACAAUCUCGCGCGGGCCCGUAGCCCAAUGGGUCAAUACCCCUCCGGCCCCGCCCGACCUGCCAGCACAGCAUUUGACUUCCGUGCUGGAUCUGGUCCCGACGAAAUGUCCAUCACCGAGGCUAUCCGUGGAUGUCUCGCAGAGGUGGACCUCGACACUGUCACCAAAAAGCAGGUUCGCGUAUUGGUUGAACAGCGUCUUCAAACCUCCCUCACAGGUGACAAGCGUGCAUUCCUGGAUCGACAAAUCGACCACGAACUCGCUAACAUGUGA